CCUUGCCGUCCACGGCGAAAGCGCGACGAGAGUCUUCUUCGCCAAAGUCAACAACAGAUCAGACCCCACAAAAGGAGCUUUUCCGCCUUUGAAAUCCCUUAAUCCCACCUUUCUCCGUACGAAGAUCCCGAUCCCGAUCCCGAUCCCGCCGGAAUCGGAUCCCCGGCGAUCAUCUUCCCCCCUCGAUUCCUCCGGUUUUUUGGAAUUUCUUUUGGGCGCGAAAUGCCCAUGACGCUCGACGGCGGCGGGGCGCCGCCGGAGGGCGUCGGCGGGAGGCCCUCGCCGGCGAACGGGGCGGAGGGGGAGAGGGACGGGGACGAGCUGUUCGUGCCCCCGCUGAACUUCGCGAUGGUCGACGGCGGCGUGUUCAGGUCCGGCUUCCCCGACGGCGCCAACUUCGGGUUCUUGCAGUCGCUCGGGCUCCGGUCGGUCAUAUAUUUGUGCCCCGAGCCUUAUCCGGAGGCGACUGACGAGUUCCUGAAGGCCAAUGGGAUUCGGCUUUUCCAGUUCGGGAUCGAUGGGUGCAAGGAGCCUUUCGUCAAUAUUCCAGAGGAAGCAAUCCGUGAAGCGCUGAAAGCACUUCUUGAUGUAAGGAACCACCCUGUCUUAAUCCACUGCAAACGUGGGAAGCACCGAACCGGUUGUCUUGUGGGAUGCUUUAGAAAGUUACAGAGGUGGUGUCUGUCUUCUAUCUUUGAUGAGUACCAGAGGUUUGCGGGCACGAAAGCUAGAGUAUCGGAUCAGAGAUUUAUAGAGUUGUUCGAUAUUUCGAGCUUGAAGCACUCGCCAAUGUCAUUUUCUUGUUUAAAAAGAUGACAUUGAUAGUUCCAGCUGUUGCUGCCGACUACCAAGGGUCCAAAAGGAGCGUCCGAGAUAUUGAAGUCGAGUCACAGUAUGUUUUCUAUCUUUAACGCUUUAACACCGUCUUGAGGGUAGAGUAGUAUGCAAAGUAGAUGAUUCUAACUUUUGGGGACUAUCGUGUGGAUAUCCGAGAGUAGAACGGGGUGCAAAGCAAAUGUCGUUCUUCGCUA